AUGCCAGCUAAAACCUCUACAAGAAGUCACAUAUCAGAAGGUACUGAUGCAAUUAACGACUCUCAAAUAAAUAUCGAAGAAUUAGUCAGAGAAGUGCUUCAGUUUGAUGUAAUGUUAAAAGGCAUUUCACAAACCGUUAAAAAAGCUAUUGCGCCAUUCGAAAAAAGAAUUGAUGAACUAGAAAUUCAAUUAAGUAAAUUACAAAUUGCUUUUGAUGAUCUAUCAACCUAUAAUAGAAGAACAAAUCUUCGGUUUAAUGGUAUUGCAGAAGAUAUUGGAAAGGAUACAGAUCAGUUAAUAAUUAAUAUAUGUGCCAAAAUUGAUAUUGAUAUUAAUAAAGAAGAUAUUAGUGUCAGCCAUCGUAUUGGUAAAAUAAACAAUUCUAUGGGUCAACGUCCACGUGCUAUUAUUGUGCGCCUCUUGCGUUAUCGUAUACGUCAAAUGAUAGUUAGGAAUAAGAAAAAACUAGAAUGCGGUAUCUCUAUCAAUGAAGAUUUAACAAAGUUAAAUUUAUCAAUUUUCAAAUAUGCACGCUCGAAAUGUGUAGAGAACAAACGUAUUUAUACAUCAAAUAGUAAAGUCAUGUAUAAUGAUGGUAAAAAACGUCUUCAUUUAUAUACCCGUGGAAUAAAUAUAACUACUUAG